GUUAUCUUGUGAGCCUCGUUGGAGAUGAGUCAAGGGCACGUUCACCUCAUGAUAUUCCUAUCGUUCGUGAGUUUAUGGACGUGUUUCCAGACCAGCUUCCCGGAGGUCCGCCUUGCCGACAGGUGGAAUUUUCUAUUGAUCUUAUCCCUGGAGCUGGACCCGUUUCAAAGGCACCGUACAGAAUGGCGCCUAAAGAAUUACAGGAAUUAAAGACCCAAAUUCAAGAGUUGCUGAAUCUCGGUUUUAUACGACCGAGCGUUUCUCCUUGGGGAGCACCAGUCCUUUUCGUCAAGAAGAAGGACGGAUCUAUGCGUAUGUGUAUCGACUACCGGGAUCUUAACCGGUUGACGAUCAAGAAUAAAUAUCCACUUCCCAGGAUCGAUGAUUUAUUUGAUCAGUUGAGAGGUGCCUGCGUGUUUUCUAAGAUCUAUUUGCGUUCAGGCUACCAUCAGCUGAAAAUCAAGGAGUCAGACAUACCCAAGACAGCUUUUCGUACGAGAUACGGUCACUUCGAGUUCUUGGUUAUGCCGUUUGGCCUCAGUAAUGCCCCGACAGUAUUCAUGGACUUGAUGAAUCGU